CGGAGGGGUGGCCCCGAUCAAAGCACGGGAACCCGCACAACGCAGUCCGGCUGGGACGCCGCCGCCGUCGCCGUCGCCGGAAUGCCCCCGAUCGUAAACUAAGACAGGGUCGAGGUCACUUUGCGGGACUCGCUAAUAUGCAGGCACAUCCUUGUACAUUACUGAAUGAGCUCCUGCUGCACUAAGAAUGAAGGCCAGUCCGAGGAGGCCCUUGAUUCUGAAACGGAGGAAACGUCCCCUGACCUUCAGUAACCCUGUGGAUACAAAGGACAAUGCUGCUGAGGAAAAAAGUCCUAGGAGCAAAUGCAAAUCUAUGGCUGGAGAUUUUGAUGCAGCUAGUACCUGCCCAAGUAAAGAUGUUUUGGGAACAUCACUAAAAAACACAGCCAAUGACAUUCAAAAAUUUCCAGAAGGGAUUAGGAUUGUAAACCAUCCUUCAAUUCCCAACACUCAAGUCGUGUUAAUUCCGAGAAACGCUGAUCUUCAAAGCAUCAUAGCAGCACUCACUGCGAAGGGAAAAGAAAGUGGCAGUAAUGGUCCCAAGAAAUUUAUUCUUCUGAGUAGUAAUGCAACUUCUCACCAAAGUCCGCUUUUGGGAAGUAAUAAUCCCUCGACCCAGAAUGGUUUUCCUAAUUUGUUAGAGAGCAGACAAAAAUCUCUUGAGUUCCAUGAAGAAUCGAACAUGAAAGCUACUGCUUCAGAUGGGAAAGUGACGUUACUGGACUCUGCAAACAGUAUCAGCAUCAAAAAGGAGGAGAUGUGCACCAACAUCCCUGAAACAUUGGUGCCAUCAGCUUUGUAUGAUCUAGACACUGAUACAGCUCCCACAGCUCCUGAGCGCCACCUGGACGACAGUCUGACCAACAUUCAGUGGCUGGGUAAGAUGAGCACAGAUGGUCUUGGGGCUUGCCAUGUAAAAGAUGAAGCAGAGAAGGAAAAUAAAGAGCCUGUACCAGAAGAGCCCAUUACAGAGUCUAUUCAUGAGCGGCCGCCAUAUUCAUACAUGGCAAUGAUUCAAUUUGCUAUAAAUAGUACUCAGAGCAAGAGGAUGAUGCUGAAAGAAAUCUAUACCUGGAUUGAGGAUCAUUUCCCCUACUUCAAACAUGUGGCCAAACCAGGAUGGAAAAACUCUAUUCGCCACAACCUGUCUUUGCAUGAUAUGUUCAUACGUCAGACAUCUCAAAAUGGCAAGGUAUCACACUGGACCAUUCGUGCUGAAGCCAACCGCUUUUUGACAUUGGAUCAGGUUGUUAAGUCCCUGGAUUUCAGCCCAACUGACAAGAUUCAAUGGAUCCAAGCAGCGCCUGUGUUGGUCUUUCAACAACAGCAAAAACGAUCCAGCAGCACAGAGAUGCCAACGAGCAAUGUAGCUGUCAGCUCAGAAGUGAAUAUGAGAAAAAUGAAACCCCUGUUGCCUCGGACGGACUCCUACCUGGUGCCCAUUCAGCUGCCGGUCACCUCUCCCUUAAUCUUACAGUCAUCGACUCAGAUAACUCUGCCUGGAACGCAGGGGCAUGCUUCCUCCACUACGAGCAGUGAGUUGGCCGGGAAACGGAAACGUGUCCGGAUUGCACCAAAGGUAACAAAUGAUAUGGUGAGCUGUAAUCAACCUUUGACUUCACUAAAGCACUCUGAGACUCCACUCCUGGUUCAGGCAACGCCACCCGUGAGUGAAGUGCAUGAAAGUUCUGCAGCAGCAAAACUCUGCGAAGCGUCCAAGGAGAGCAGCUCCAGACGGAAGCAGAAGCACAUCCUUCAGCCUGUGGAGGAGCCUGUUCUCUUGUUCCCAGGAGUCAGUGAGCCUGUAGCAGAGACUGGAUUGGAUUCGGGACUUGUAUCAGAUAUGUCAGCGUUCCACGAAUCUCAAAACCUGGACCAAUGCCCAAAUGUUUCUAGCAAUGCCAUGGAUUAUAACUUCAAAACGCCUAUCAAGGAGAAGCCCCGUGAUCUGCCAGCUUCUUCCACACCCAGUAAAAGCACCAGUAGAAGCUCUCCUGUCACUGUGGCCAAUGGUUGGACCCCUUUGAAAAAAGAUGAUAGUUUAUUUGAGUUCAGUCCUGUGAGGACUCCUCUUAGUUCCUUCUUUACACCAUUGCAGAAUAACACAGGCUACCUGAGUCUUAGCAGUACACCUUAUAAGGAAUUUGCUCUCUUUGAAUCGCCGCAUGAGCUAUUAAACUCUCCAGUUAAGGACCUUGUGCCAGAUGCAAGUGCCUCCCCACUUCUGGAGGACAAAUGUUCCCGAAGGCUUCAAGUAAAUGUAAAUGGUAACACGUCAAUAAACAGAUCUCUGACUGAAGGAUUGGUCUUAGACACCCUGAAUGACAGCCUCAGUAAAAUAUUGCUGGACAUCAGCUUCACGGGCCUCGAGGAGGAGGACUAUGAACUUGGAAACAUGAGCUUGUCAACACUAAUCCCAGAUCUGAGAUAAAUAGGUUUGUGAUGGACAGAGGAUCUUGCUGUUUAAAUAGUUUCUUCAUAAUUAACUUCAAGCUGGUUCAAUUAACAGCUUAAAAUUUAGAAAAAUCAACCUCUACUAGACUCUUGGGCAAAAUGUUGGUUCAUAGCUAAACCUUUGGUUUCCAGUGCCCUGAUCUGUGAAUACUUGGUUCUUUUCCUAUCUGGGCUGUGCUUACUGUAACUCGAUUAAUCACUGUUCACUGUUACCUGUGUACUAUCUUUUGCACAUGUCCAUGGAGCAGUUCACAUAAAGUAAUAUUUUUGAUGUAUGAUUGUAAUAUGUUUAAUGCUGCUUUGCCUUUAUAGACACCAGGACCACGGGCCACUUUCAAAUGGCCUUGUGACUUUUCUACCAUUGCAUUCUGUAGCUGUCCACCAGACUUUCUGAUACUGCUGUUGUUCUUGAUAUUAGAUGCCUCUCAGGGGAUGUCAAACUUUUGUAUAUAAUGUUUUGUAAAUACACUAUUAAAAUAUAACGGAAAUUUAUAAGGGGAAUGGAAGCCUUUUAAUAAAAAGGGUUCCGGCAGGAUGAGCAAUGACCUUCCUGGUUUCGGUGAAGUUCUGAGUUGAAGGUUAAUGUCUGAUUUGUAAGAUUUGAGAUAAUGCUGACAAGUCAUAGUUGAUCAGUGUUUGUGUGAGUUAUCUGUAUCUCAGAGACUGAUGUUAAUAGCUGAUUACAUUCAGUUCUAGCCCCUGUUUUUUUUAACAGUAUUAACAAAAGAGCCUUGACAUCAUUUAGCACCUGAUGUUAAUGUUCUGAGCUUAGACUGGUGAUCAGCGCAGAUUUCCGAUUUUCCGUUAUUUUAGACGGCUGAAUUUACAGUUUCUUUCGAGAAGGAAAGCAAAAUUUAAUAAGUGUGUGAGAUUUUCAUUUCAGAUUAUUCAGUAUCUGCUCACCAAUACCAAGAUCAUCCCUUCUUGAUUGGAGAAGAGAACUGCGUGUGCCUGGCUUGUAAAUGAUCUUGUAUAAACGUUUAAACUAUGGCUUGAGUAUGCAUCAUUGAAGUUCUGUUUUAAAUGUGUGAUUUGGUUCAGAUUAAUCUGGUGAAUGUGAACAAUAUUUUACUAUUAAACACUUUAAUAGUUAAUAAUUUAGAUUAAUUCAUGAAGCAUUGUACAAGAGCAGCUCAAGGUAUCCCUGAAGACAGGUGGCAUUGUUGUACUAGGGACUUGAGGUCAAGGUUUUCUAUGAGACUUGACUUGCGGCCUCUUUUUGUGAUCAAAGGCUCAUUACUCUCCCACUUGCCAAAUGGAACAUUCUUUAUCUUAGCUGAAGUAUUCAAAUAUUUUCUCAUCCUGGAUUGUUGUCGUGGCCUUUAACAUGCGUUUAGCAUGAGGAACUGCCUUGUGAAUUUUCUAAAUCAUUUUAUAAACCAGUUCAGUGAUUGACAUUUGUGUGCACCAAUGCAAGUCUUCGAGGGGGACUCGCUUCAAUGUCUCUGCUAAUUGAUUGAAUGAUUCCAAUCACGUUUAUCAGGUGUGACUUGCUUUUCAUUAUCUAUGUUGGCUGUCGGUAAUUAAUCUGUUUUCUCAGAUAAAUUAGAUUAUGUUCUCCAGACUAUCUGUCAUAUAGAUUUAUCCCUUUUUUUAACAUUUGCAUCCUCUCAUCCACAAGCACUGUUCCCAUAUCCAAGGAGAAUUGAAUGAUGUGGUCAGAGUAUCUGCCAUUUACACCUCCCUAUUUUCCUCAGCAAACUAGGAUUUGGACCAGGUAAUUUGUGUCUUCCAGCCUUUUAAGAAAUUGCAUUUUGAAUAUUAGGAUUCAAUUUCAGGUUUUUUUUUGUCAAUUGACAAUGACAAUUGACAACAUCCUGCUUAGUGAAGAAUGAUGCAAAAAUUUUAACUUAAUACAUCGACAAUGCCAAUUCAAGGAAGAUGUUCCUUUUUGGCACCGCCUUUCAAACCAAUCUUACACUAUUUAUUAGAAAAUGUUAUUGGUCAUCACUUUUCAAAACUCAGCCUAUUUACCUUGAUCAAUGUAUCCACUUCAUUCAUAAUCUUCCUUCUUUCUCACCAUUAUAAAAUAUGGCCAGCAAUGUCUCCCUUCCUUAGAUCCUGGUACUUGUUAUUACUACUACAGUGUGACAGCUUGUACUUUCAAGACAGCAGUCCUUUUCAUGCUUAAUGCAUCUGACAACAUGCAGUCCAAACCCACCAAACUUAUUGAUUCCUGCUCUUUAUGGAUUACAUUCUAUUUUAAUACCACCUGUCUCCUGGCCGCCCUUGCUAUUUCUUGAGUAAAAUUAAAGCACCGAUCUUCUUCAGCCUCUGGCAUUGCCCCGCCUUGCACUUCUUCAUGUGGUAUUCUAUUCUUUGGUUUAAAUGUUAAGCUAAGCACCUGCUUCUUGACAUUGCUGAUUUCUUCCCUUUAAGUUUUCAUCUUUAUUCAUUUCCGAGGAAGGCUUUUAUAUAUAAGAGAGAGAGAGCCCUGCAAAUCUCAUCACUAAGCUGAAUUUCUUUUCUGCAUGUUCACCGCAUAUUGAUCACUGUUUACAGAUCUUGGAUGUUUCCCAGUAUUGUGCACCAUAAAAUCUUUUUCCAAAAUUAGACAUUUAUACAAAACUUUCAUUGUAGCAGUGCAAAGUAUGCACAUUGCAAACAAGCAGCAUGUUGUAUGUAUCUAGAGUAUUUUCUUAAUUUAAUGGGACACCUGAUUGAAAGCUGUAUAUUGCUGAGGUUAUUCAAUUUAAAAAUAUCCUUUUAGAAAUAAUUUUUUGAUGGGAAAGUCUUUCACAUCUGCAUUUUUUUUCUUUCCACGUGACGAGGGAGUCCAUAACACAGGAUAGUUAAGUUUUGAUUUUGUAGUUGAUCAAGACAGUGAUAUCAGGAUCAAAACCAUUUUAAGAUUGUGUUAUCAUUUGUAUCAACCUGUCAGCAACACUAUUGGUUACAUUUUUCCUUUGAGUACCUAUGUAUAUGAUCAAGGUAUAUGCAGAUAUCAGUGGUUAACUAAUUGAAAGUGUCCAUUUAUCUAAGGAUCACAUUGAACAGUAGAUGCAUGUGAGUGUGUGUGUGUGUGCGCAUUUUAAAAAUAAUUGUAAUCUGUUCCCACUUUGCAUCCCAAAAUAUCAGUGAACUACUGUAACUCCUUUCUUUCUGUAAGUGCAGACCAGAAUAUGCAAUAUCAAUAAUUUUGGUCAAACAUUCCCACAACUGGGUCAACAGAUCAUGCAACAGCAACAAUAGUUGUAAAUUAUGAACUAUACAGUGUUUUCCAAUGCAGUCUUUGUAAAUAUUCCAUGUUAUAUUACUUGUAUAUAAUCCAGGCUCAGUCAAUGCACCUUAAUAGAAAGAACACAGUCUGUGCCCUGGGCUUCUUAUAGAAGUAUAAGCAGUUCAUUGUGACAUUGGACGUGCUAACAAUCCUGUAAUUGGUGAAUAAACUGCUGUACAGUAAUUGAA